AUUUGUUGCUACAUGUCUUCUUGCUCAAUAUACGAUUAAUACAAAUAAAUCCCAACACAGCCACCGACAUUCAAGACAUUACCUAGGUAAUUAUAUGUCGAGAAAGGCUCUGAUGAAUCCUUAUCGGGGAUGGCAAAGCCAAACGCAGACAGCUUCCAGCGAGCACUCAAUCGAUUCAAACAAUCUAUUUCUCCAGAUCUUGCAAAGGAAUUUUCCAUGUGCUCGUUGUCACAUGUACAGCAAGUCUGCAAGGAAAUCCAACAGAAACAUGGAAGCGAGGGAAAAUUACGAUAUAUGGGACGACUCAGGGGUUUCAUUGAAGCAAUGGAACAACUCGGCAAAGUAAUUGAAGUAUUUGUGAAUGCAAGUGAAUUUGUUUGCUUCAUAUGGGGGCCUAUCAAAUUCAUUCUUCUGACCGCUAGCACGCAUCUUAAUUCCUUUGAUAAACUACUCGAUGUAUAUGCGCAAAUAGGAGAUGCUAUCCCUGGCCUUCAACGCUACGAGGCAACCUUCAUAGAACAUCCCCCUCUAGCUACCGUACUCGAAGACUACUAUUCAGACAUUCUAGAGUUUCAUCGCAUAGCUCUCUCCGUUUUCAAACGGCCUAUAUGGAAAGAUAUGUAUCACUCGCUAUGGAAAACCUUUGACAGCAAGUUCAGCCCAAUCUUGCAUAGUUUGAGCAAGCGACGUGAGUUACUAGAAAGUGAGAAAGGCUCGGCGACUCUCUACGAGAUUCGGAAGCUGCGCAAAGAUAUUUCAACUAUGUAUACGGAAUGCCGACAGCAGAUGGAUGAAGAACGCCGCAAAAGCCACAAGGCUCGGAUAUCUCACAUCAGGGAAAAGUUAGAGGCUCCAAAUUAUGGAAUCGACCAAGAGAUGGCUACAGAGAAUAGAUUUAUCGACAGCUCUGGGAAAUGGAUUUUUGAAAAUAAUGAGUUUCAAGCUUGGUAUAGCCCUGUUGUUGGACACAGCGUCUUAUAUAUCAACGGAAUCCCGGGUGCAGGCAAAACAACUUUAGCGUCGGCGGUGAUUAGGAAGCUCCUAGAUGGUAGGUAUUCUGCGAGGGUUAGUUACUGUGUUGCCUACUUUUACUUUAAGCAUCAGCAGCCUGGUAAAAAGUCGCACAAUAGCCUUCUUCGUGGUAUUCUAGAUCAGCUCAUCAUCCAGGACCCCGCUAUGUCGGAUCACCUAUUCAAUAAAAUAUCGGUGAUGGACUCAACAUCCUUACGACUAACAAUAACACUAGAAACACUUGUUAAGGAAGCCCUAGGAUGCCAUCAAGCUUCGUACAUUGUGGUUGACGGCCUAGAUGAAAGUGCUCCUAAAGAAGCAGAGAGAUCAGUAGAAUGGUUAUUAUCGCUCGUGAAAGGGCGUUCAGAGAAUACUACCACCUCAUUGCGCAUAUUAUUCUGCGGCCAGCGAGACGGCGUCCUAGACAAUCUUCUCGCCAGCGAAUCAUCUAUCAGUUUAGAAAAUACUGCCCACGCCGAAGACAUCAAAGGGUAUUGUUCACAUUUCUGCGAACGGAUAGGGGAUAAGUUUGGUAUUUCCCAAGAAUUCCAAAAUGAUAUCGCUCGCCGUAUUACAGAUGGCGCCAACGGCAUGUUCUUGUACGCCCGUGUGGUCUUGGAGAACUUAUUAAGUCAAACAAGACUCUCCGGCUUGAAAAGCGAAAUACAACCGGGCGUAUUCCCUGAAGGGAUUGAGAAAGCGUAUGAAAGGGUAGCUGUGCGGAUUUUCGAAGAGUCCUCCCUUUCCGAACGUGAAGACGCAAGGAAGAUCUUAGGCUGGAUUACUUGUGCCGGACGACUCCUCCGAUGGCGUGAGAUUCAGUCCAGCUUUUGCAUUACACCGACUAAGGCAGUCGUUGAAUAUGAAGAAAACAGGCUCAGGGUCACUUGCAAGGAACUGUGCGGAUCCCUCGUCGACGUGCACAGCACCAGUGAUAGGAGAGAUGACCCCGAGGAUAUCAUCAAAAUCGUUCAUGAGACUGCCCGAGAAUAAGUCAGCAUAAUCAGCUCUCAAGCUUUGACUAACCAUUUGGAGAUAUCUUAUCCGAAGAAACUGGAUCGACAUCACGCUGACGCAUGCUAACUAUGCUAUAUUCUGCUCACAGUAUCUAACAUCAGGGCCAUUCGUAUGUGGCAUCAAUGAGAAGACAGUUUAUAGUCAUGCAGUCAAAGGAUACUAUGCUUUUCAAGACUAUGCUGUCCAGUAUUGGUUCUACCAUACUAAACAAUGCGUUGAAUUUGGCGGGAAGUUGAACCCAGACAAAUUCCAAGCAGUAAUAAGAUCAGCAAAAGGGUUUCUUGACUCCUAUAGCUUUUUGUUGAAAACAGAUAAUGAGGUCGAAGACAAUGAGGUCAUUAAGGCGCUUACAGGACUUCCAGAUAACAAGAGACACCUUUCCUUGUAUUUAUUAUCCGUGCGCAUGUUAUUGUUAGUAAUAUUAUAAAUACAUUAUAUAAAACAUUAAUACAUGUUAAAAAUAGCGUAAAAA